UAGAAGUCUUUGAAAUGCGACUCGUCCCACAUACCGGCUUUGCGGUGUAACAUCUGUUUGUGCCGCUUACACUACUACUAGGUAGCCUACAUGCUAGCACAAUAUUUAAUCACAGUCACAUUCCAUUAGUUUGUUUUAGUUUGUUUAGAACUUGUUUUUGUUUGUUUGCUACACUGUAAUUUUUGUUUGUUGUUGCCGUUCAGUGUUUGAUGUCGGUAGCUUGUUUCACUGCAUUGACUCACGCUGCUGUAGCUGUUUCUCGGUAUAUAGGGUUUGACAACAAUUUAUUUGAGGGUUUUAGGUUUACAAAAUAUAGAACUGUUGAAGAUUUUUUUCUAGUGGAUUGUGAAAAAAAAGGUUUUUCGUUUUCAUUGACUCGCUUACAGAAAUGAAAUCUUCCAUAGUGUACCAGAGAAGAAGGAGUCUGUGUCCGGUAUUAUUCGAAUAGCUGGUUUAUUUACAUGUCUGGCUUUCACUGUGUCUUAAAUGUGUUUUAAUUUGACACGUUAGCACCGUUUUUCUCUUCCAGUAUUGUGGUGAAUGCCUGAAACUUUUAUAGCCUACCUUUGUCGAGCAACGAAAAUUCCCCUCCCUCUCUCUCCUAGUGCAGCUGUAAUGAUUUCUCAUCUGCACGUCAGUAUCAUUUGUGCAAAAUGAAAACUAAUCUGUACACCUAAAUAUGCAGUGACAUAUUUUUUUUGGAAUGAAUGAAAUACAUGUUGCAUUACAUAAUCCAGUGAAAGAAUGGCAGCUGCUUAAAACCAUCCAUAACCAGCCAGUCAGUCUGGAAGCUCCACAUCAAUGUCUCUCCAAUACGAGAUCUGCACAGACUUCGAUUUGUUCCAUUGCUAUGUAGGGAUAGCUAAGGCUUUUUUUAAAAUAGGAAAUUAAAGCUAUUGUAUAAAUGUUACAUGACACUUAAUAUAAAAAUGCUUUAUGAUUUCAUUCCCAUCUUUCUAUUGUGAACAAUCUCGGAUCUUCGGCGUGACGGCUGGAUCGACCCUGGAUGUGCUGGAUGCUCUACAAUUUGUGAAUUACCAUGACGACAGAGCCAAAUUCAGAGUUAGAAGGCAAGCCGGAGCAGCAGGGGGCAGGUGCGCCGCCGCCCCACACAGCCCCACCCUUCGACGACCAGCUUCCACCUGCAGCUGCCCAUAGCACGCCAGUUAAAAAAGAGCAGAACGGCGCGAGAGAGGCAGGGGGUGUUGCACAGGGGAAAACCGAUCAGCAAUCGACUGAAGACGAGUCCACCCCCUACAAGUCCACUUCCAGCAAGCUCUCCAGGUCUCCCAUCAAGGUGACAAAGAAGCCCAAAAACAUGCAGUGCAAAGUCACACUUCUGGAUGGCUCGGACUACACCUGUGUGGUGGAAAAAAGAGACAAAGGCCAAGUGCUUUUUGACAAAGUCUGUGAGCAUCUUAACCUUCUGGAGAAGGACUACUUUGGUAUCACAUUCCGUGAUGUAGAAAAUCAAAAGAACUGGUUGGACCCAGCCAAAGACAUGAAGAAGCAAAUCAGGGGAGUUGCCUGGAAUUUUUCCUUCAAUGUGAAAUUUUAUCCUCCAGACCCUGCUCAGCUCUCUGAGGACAUCACAAGGUAUUACCUAUGUCUGCAGUUGAGAGAUGAUGUAGUGUCUGGCCGUCUUCCCUGCUCCUUUGCCACGCAUACAGUGCUCGGUUCAUAUACAGUCCAGUCAGAACUGGGAGAUUACGAUCCAGAUGAGUACAGCACCGAGUACGUCAGCGAUUUCCGCUUUGCUCCAAACCAAACCAAGGAACUCGAAGAGAAGGUCAUGGAGCUCCACAAGACCUACAAAGGGAUGAUGCCAGCUGAAGCUGAAAUGCACUUCCUAGAGAAUGUCAAAAAGCUGUCUAUGUAUGGAGUGGACCUCCAUCAUGCCAAGGAUUCAGAGGGGGUGGAGAUAAUGCUAGGAGUGUGUUCAUCUGGCCUCCUCAUCUACCGAGACCGACUGCGCAUCAACAGGUUUGCUUGGCCCAAAGUCCUCAAGAUCUCGUACAAGAGGAAUAACUUCUACAUCAAAAUCCGACCUGGAGAGUUUGAGCAGUUCGAAAGCACGAUUGGCUUUAAACUCCCCAACCAUAGAGCAGCUAAGAGACUCUGGAAGGUUUGCGUGGAGCACCACACCUUUUUCAGGUUGUUAUCUCCUGAAACCCCACCCAAGAAGUUCCUGACUCUUGGUUCCAAGUUCCGCUACAGUGGCCGAACCCAAGUCCAAACGAGACGGGCUAGUUCACAAAUAGUUCGCCCAGCUCCCUUCUUUGAGCGCUCCACCAGCAAACGCUACAUCAUGUCUCGCAGUCUAGAUGGAGCUCAGCGGAGCAUCCCCGAAAUCACAGCGACUGUAGUCCCAGGAUCUAAACCACUUAUCACUAUGAAUGGCACUAAACCAGCAGAGAUGGGCACAGCCUUGUACGGUGCUGCAAAGGGCAUCGCCAUGAGUGACCUCAUCACUACAAUUACACCAGAAAAGAAGGCCGAGGAGAAGAGAUCGGAGGAGGAGGAGGAAGUGGUGAUGGUAGAAAAUGUUUUUGUGGAGGAGGAGGACGAGACGACUAAAGCUACAGAACUGUCACAGCCAAGUCCACCAACUCCUGUCCGACAAGACACAAGGACUGAUUUUACAGACACUGCUAUUGAUGGUGAAUUGACAGCUACUGAGUCGGACCAGGAAGACGAGUCUGAAAUCAGGAACCAGCCCAGUUUUAAGAGGAGAAUUAAAGGAGAAAAUGUGUUUAUCAGACAUAGUAGACUGAUGCUGGAGGAGGCGGAUAAAACACCUGAUGAGCUGGUCAAACACCAGACCAAUAUUAGUGAGCUGAAGAGAACUUUCCUGGAGGGAGGCACUAAUAAAUCAGGUUUAACAGAGUGGGAGAAGCGUCUCUCCUCAUCCCCACUGCGUUCUCCCCGGCUGGACGAGGCUCCUAUGAUUGAACCCCUCGUGCCUGAAGAUACCAAAGAGGAUCCAGAAGCAGCGGCUGAGGAGGACGAGGUUGCUAGAGGUACAGACCAACAGGACAUCCUGGAGGACAUGAAAGAUGAUGUGGAGUCUGAUGGUUGGGUAAUUAUAAACAAGGUUCCACCUAAGGUACCUGAAAAGAAAAACAUAGUCAGCUACAAAGUAGCGGGCAUUACUAACACUGUUACUGCUGACGAGGCUUUGGGAGACGUAGCUCUCAAAAAGCCAUCAGCCAUACAGGAGGAAGUGCGUGAUAAGACAUACGCACUCGGCAAGUCCUAUGACACCACGACAGGGAAGAUCGUGACAACCACCAAAGACGACGACUUUCCUUCCCCGACUAUCACAGUAGAGAAGAAGAAGCUCUCGGAUCAAACUAGCACCACAGCUGUGAAGAUCAUACCAGUCUCCACUGAGAAGUACGAGCCUGCAAUCCUGACAGGCACAGAAGCCAUAACAGCACCAGUGAUCACAGUUAAUGAAGCAAGGACCCCUUCUCCCUCUGAGCCUACAGGCAUUGUGAAAAUGGUGGUGGCUAUCCGCUCCAGUGAGGAAAUUGAAAAGGCGAAAAAAGCUGAGCUGAAGCUGCUUACAGAUUCCUCAAUGAAGGAGGCAAUCUCCCCUACGCCGAGAUCCCCUCUCAGGUCCCCGCUUAAAUCUCCACUCAGAUCUCCAUCGAAGUCAGUGGAAUUGGGUGUGAGCCCCAGCCCAGGCUCUUAUCUAACCAAAACUUCUCCAACCGCCAGAGUGCCUAAGCCUCAAAUCGAUGGGAUGUCUCCGGAGCUCACAGCUCUGUUAAAGUCUGCUCAUGAACAGAGCAGCACUUACACCUGGUCCUCCUCCUCAGCAACUACUGGGCAAACUCGGGCCAUAUUUAAGACAUCUACUGGUCCUGAGAGGACUUUUCAACAGCCAGCAGAUACACAGAAACUUCCAGAAAAAGACCAGCCAAGAGAACAGGAACAGGCAGUUGAUCUACAGCAGUAUACCGUAUCGGAAAAGUCACAGGUUUCGUCACUGCUCCAGACAGAGGUCAUAACCUUUAGCAGUGCAUUGUCAGGUGAGACGGAGAGACUGGCGGCAGAGGAAAUGCCAGUGAUCCACACGGAAAUGAAGACCAUAACAUACGAGGCCCUGCAGGGUGAUAAGGACAGUGACACAGAUCCGGGGAUUCUGAUGAGUGCACAGACCAUCACCUCCGAAACCACCAGUACAACCACCACUACACAUAUCACUAAGUGUCAUCUGUUUUGCUGUCAGACUGUAAAGGGGGGUGUUUCCGAAACCAGGAUUGAGAAACGUAUCGUCAUCUCAGGGGAUGCAGACAUUGACCACGAUGAGGCCCUGGCUCAGGCCAUUAAAGAAGCCAAAGAGCAGCACCCCGACAUGUCAGUGACCAAAGUAGUGGUCCACAAAGAGACUGAAAUCACACCAGAAGAUGGCGAGGAAUGAUGCAGGAUUAGUGUGUCUUCAUAUUUUCUGGAGCAGUCUCACCUACACCAUGUGGAAUAAAGGACAUUUUGGAGAUGCUGCCUAAGGAAACAGCAGCAUUGAUACAUCAGUGGAUAUAACUUCAUCUGGAGUCGCCCUUCUAACAAACACAUGCUCACUCUCUCCUGCUACACCUGCUUACAGAUCUCCUGGCUAGCCUGGUCCAGCACUGGUCAAUGACACUGCAUGACAAGGGAACAACACCUUUUCUGUAAAGAGAACAAACACUAUAUACAAAUGUAGGAAAUGCUCAAUGACCACAGUGUAAAUUUCAGUCUCCCUUGCACACUCCCUCUGAAAGGGGAAAAGUAAGUAUGUGACAAGAAUUUUGAAAAUAGUACUGAUAUUAUGAUCUACAUUUUAUUUAUUAGAAUACUUCUCAAUACAAGAAAAUAUUGCUAAUAAUAAUUAUAAUAAUAGACUGCAUCUGUAUGAGCACUCAGUAUUUAACCAUGCAAUAGGUGUGUCAUUGAGGCCAGUCACCAUGUCCUGUUCCAGCCACCCCUACCCUGCCUUUGACGUGUUCCUGCUGAAUGUAUGUGUGGCUGAGAACAUGAAUGAUGUACACGUUGCUUUGUAGAUCAUGCAUAUUAGUAAGAAAAUUGUUUUUACAAGAUAUAUGUCAAUUUUUAUGUUUUUCCUUAAUUUUUCUCACUGAAAUGUCUACCUUUUUCAAAGAAUGAAUGCACUGUGACCAUAUUUGUCACUGACUCCAGGUCCUUGCUAAAAGUGAUGUCAUUGCAAGGCGACUUCUGCCCCAAUCUUGCAAUUUUAUGUCAUUUUCCCAAAAUAAAUCUCUAUGUCCUAAGUGGCAUAACUGAGCCUUAAAGUGUACAAACUGGACAGAGAAUCAGAAACUUCACACAUUAUGUUUUUUUCUCUUUCUUUUUAUGGUCCCUCUUUUUCUUCAUUUUUUUCUCAUUAUUACUAUUAUUAUUAGAUUUGUUGUUGUUGUUGUUGCUGUUGCUGUUGUUGCUGUUGUUAGCCUGUGUGUUUUUAAACCAUCAUGAUGCCAUAUGCUGCACUCCAUGUUGAAUGUGUUUACCACAUAAGCUCAAUAAAAAAAAUAUUUAAAAAUGUA